AUCGAGAAGACAUGAGCAGCCAGAAGUUUACACAGGGCAACAGCUGACAAUGUGAUCACACACACACAGAAUGAAUCAACAUGUAAAGACUCAAAGCGUCCGCUUCAGUUGAGGAAAGGGGGGGUCUCCUACUCUUUAACAUUGACUUUCUAUAUAUUUUGAUCGAAAUCAUGCAGCAAUCACUCUGAUUCUCACGGCCCCUGGAGAGCCGUGAGAACCCUCCGGAGUUCGGCGCUGUGAGCAAAGGCGCAAACGGGACAUCUGGCGAGCUUUUACGCGCAGGGGUGAACGCAGCUGGAUGCAACGCGAAUGCACUCAUUUCUAUAGCUGCAUUAUUUUCACUGAAACCUCUCUUCGCACGCGUGACAUGGAAACAGUGCUAUAAACUUAUUCUAGUACUAAAUACACACACAUAACACGUUUGCAAACACAAUGGAGGAGACUCUAAAUAACCUGUGCGUGCUGAACUGGGAGCAGGUGAAGCGUCUGGAUGCCAUCCUGACCGAGUCCAUCCCCAUUCACGGCAAGUGGAACUUCCCUACCCUGGAGAUGAAACCCAGGGACAUCGUUAAAGUGGUGCGGUGUCGCAUGGAGGAGCGCAAGAUCCACGUCCGGGAGGUCAGGCUGAACGGCUCCGCGGCCAGUCACGUUCUCCAUGAGGACAGCGGUUUGGGCUACAAGGACCUGGAUCUCAUAUUUUGCGCCGAUUUGAAAGGAGAAGUGGAGUUUCAGACUGUCAAGGAUAUCGUUCUGGACUCCCUCUUGGACUUCCUGCCUGAGGGAGUGAAUAAAGAGAAAAUUACUCCGGUGACAUUAAAGGAGGCUUAUGUGCAGAAGAUGGUGAAAGUGUGUAACGAUUCAGACCGAUGGAGUCUAAUCUCCCUCUCCAACAAUAGUGGGAAGAACGUUGAACUGAAGUUUGUGGAUUCCCUGCGGCGUCAGUUUGAGUUCAGUGUCGACUCCUUCCAGAUCCGCCUGGAUUCCCUCCUCCUCUUCUACGAGUGCUCUGAAAACCCCAUGGCUGAGACGUUCCACCCUUCCAUUGUGGGAGAGAGCGUUUACGGAGACUUCAACGUAGCCUUGGACCACCUGCAGCGAAAACUAAUAUGCACACGAAAUCCGGAGGAGAUCCGUGGCGGUGGGUUGCUGAAAUACUGCCACCUACUGGUUCGAGGUUUCCGCGCUGCUUCCGAAGCCGAGAUGAAGCUUCUCGAACGCUACAUGUGCUCUCGAUUCUUCAUCGAUUUCUCAGACGUGGCGGAGCAAAGGCGAAAACUGGAGUCCUAUCUGCAGAAUCACUUUGUGGGAUUGGAGGACCGGAAGUAUGAGUACCUGACCACCCUGCAUAGCGUGGUCAAUGAAAGUACUGUAUGUCUCAUGGGACAUGAGCGGCGACAGACUCUGAGCCUCAUCACCAUGUUGGCGGUACGGGUUCUAGCGGAGCAGAAUGUGAUUCCCAAUGUGGCGAAUGUCACUUGCUUUUAUCAGCCUGCGCCGUACAUUGCUGAUGGCAACUUUAGCAAUUACUACAUUGCUCAGGUGCAGCCGAUGUACGCCUGCCAACCCACGCACACAUUCUCCCCAUGGUUGCCCUGCAACUGACCGACUGUUAACUUACCGCAACAUGUCCAAUUAGAGCACUCGUCCAAUGAGUCGGUAUUUGUGUGCUCCACAGCGUGAGACUUUCCCAAUUGGCAGCUCGUUGCAAGGAGAAGCUUCAAGCGCGCCGGAAGAGAGAAAGUGAGGGAGAGUGAGGUAACUUGGAUCUGUUCCGAUCGGGCAGCACGUUCUACCUAGGCUUUCCAUGGCUAAGUGCCAGGACUACAAAAAAGCACAACACUGGCUUAGAGGAAACAGCAUGGAGACUCUACCGAGAGUAGCAUGGACACAAAAGGGACUAUCUUUUGCAUCUAUGUGUGAUAGACGUACUUUAAGAAUCAAAGUGAUCCUACGAAAUGUGUUGAAAUUGCAGUUUCGUAAGGGAAGUAUUUUUUUGCUUAUUGCUCAGAUAUAAAGGACUGAAAUCAAUGGACAUUUUUCUCAAGCCACGGAUUUUCUCGUAGAAAACAGAUACCCAAAAUUAGCGGUGUCCAUACUUGUUCCUGGAGGGCUACAUUCCUGCAGAGUAACUUGAAUGAAGCACUAAUUAAGAAUUGCACCAGAGGUUACUGAUUAUGAGAUUACCCUCUACCCCAAUUACCUCCAAAAACAACUAACUAAAAUGAUAAACAAAAACAAUAAACAGUAGGCUGUAGCCAGGAUGAAAUCUGCUCACCGAAACAAAGUAGUAACUCUCAGGAAACAACAAUAACAAGUCAUUUUGAUCCCGGACGAGCCCCCAUUUAUGUUACAAACCCCAGUUUUAAAGUGCACGUUUAGACACUGGAGUCAAAAAUUAUUAUUUAUUAAGGACAUCUAAUCAUGAACUACCAUCUGAUUCUUAUAAGGUGACAAUUUGGUAUGGAUGUAGUGAGAAUUAGGUGUCCUAUUAGAAUGCAUUCAUAUAUUAUAUUAUAAGAGUUUUCCACAGCCCCAUUUAAGUUACAAGCCACAGUUUUAAAGUACUCGUUUAGGCAGGGGUUGAACAACCAAAAGGACACACGAGUCAAAAAUCUAAAAUCUAAAAAAAAACAAAAAUCUAAAAAUUUAUUAAGAAGCAAAAAAAUCUCGUCUUAACAAAAUAGAAUGGCAAUAGAAAACAUAAAUGAAUAACUCAACCAAACUCAUAACAAGUAAAUCAAAUUAAUUUUGUAAACGCAAAUAGAUCAACAAACAAGAAACGACUCGACAACAUAACCAACAUUGGACAAGGCGCGCACAUAACUUUCACUCUCAAGACAGCAGCAAAUAGUAGAAUGCAUAUGAAGAUUCUCAACAAGUAUGGGUCAUGCUCAUGACUGGCUAAGACUGGUAUUUGAGCUGGUCUGAGCAAAAAGCAGUAGCCCAGCAAGGUAUAUGCAGGAAUCUUAAAGAUAAUUUCAAUAUUGUUAAGACUUUUUAAAGACCUUCUCAGAAUAUUUUAAGACCUCAUCACCACUUCAAGUUCUAAUCAGUAUCAAACUUUAAACUAAAUAAACAGUUGUUAAUAAACAGUUUUAGUUAAAUAAAUCAAUGUAGCACAACCAUGUAACAGAACUCAGAUAAGCUCGGAAGAACUUGAAAUAAUAAAUUAUGCCGUUGUUUUCAGGGACGGGCUUUAGUUUAAACUCUUUCUUCAACCAGGGGUAUACAAACUUGCAUUAUCCCAUUUUGCAGUCUGUUUCGCUCUAUGGUUUUGCUACAUGUGGAGAGCGUCACAUCACCUUCCCACGUUUGUCGCAAAUUACUUGACAUCACCUGGAUGGAGGAGCCCAGCCCAAACUAAUAGCGUGGAUCGAGCACGCCGUUGUCAAUAUUAGAAGAAAAAUAAAUAUAUUUAUGCUUUUUUGGAGUCAAACACUUUGGACAACCUUGAACAUAAUUUAAGACCUCGUAAAAAUGCGAUUAAGGAUUUUUAAUACUUUUUAAGGGUCUUAAUUUUCUCAAAAUUAUCAACUUUUAAUACUUUUUAAGACCCCGCGCCCAGUAACUCUCCAGGAGGAAGAUUGGACACCCUUGCUGAAAAUAGAUUAUCAUUUAAGUGCCUUAAACUGAAAAUCAAAGUCACUCUGUGAAUGACCCCAAAGUAUGUCGGUCAAGACGUCUUUUUGCAGUAACAUUCAAUGCAAACUCAAUGCAGUUUCUAACUUUUAGAUUUAGAGGCUAAUUAAUGUGUAUGAUCUCAUUUGUACAUUUUAGUUCGAUUUGGUCAUCACCCAAUGAGGGGUAGGGUUAGGAGUGAGGUUUGGGGGUAAGCCUCCUUUUAGCAAUCAUAUGUUUUCAUACGGCUCCGGUUUCCCCCACAGUCCAAAGACAUGCGGUACAGGUGAAUUGGGAAAGCUAAAUUGUCCGUAGUGUCUGGGUGUGAGUGAGUGUGUGUGGAUGUUUCCCAGAGAUGGGUUGCAACUGGAAGGGCAUCCGCUGCAUAAAACAAAUACUGGAUUAGUUGGCGGUUCAUUCCACUGUGGCGACCCCGGAUUAAUAAAGGGACUAAGCCGAAAAGAAAAUGAAUGGAUAAAUGUUUACAUACGAAUGAAAUCGUAUGAAUUAGCCACGUUUUUGACAAUUUCCUCAUGAAAUCAGGCUGGAAACAUACAGUUGAAGUCAGAAUUAUUAGGGUAAUUGUAAGUAAUUGUAUAAAGAUGGUUUGUUCUGUAGACAAUCAGAAAAAAAUACAGCUUAAGGGGGAUAAUAAUAAUGACCCUGAAAGGGUUUUUAAAAAAGUUAAACUGCUUUUAUUCUAGCCGCAAAUAAAACAAACAAGACUUUCUCUAGAAGAAAAAAUAUUAUAGGAAAUACUGUGAAAAAUUCCUUGCUCUGUUAAACGUCAUUUGGAAAAUAUUAAAAAAAAAAAAUCACAGGAGGGCUAAUCCUUUUUGACUUCAACUGUAUUACUGUGGGUAGUGUACAAUAGCAUUGUGAACGAAUAAUCGAAUGACCAUGAAUCUGAUCAAGAACUACCAUCCAUUUUUAUCCCAUUUGCUACCACUACAGUGAGAAUUGUGGUGUCUAUUAGAAAGCGACACAGGCAAGAUAUUCGUAUAUCAGGGUACGAGAUUUUCACAGCUUCUUGUCUCAUUUGAACUGACCUUAAUGUACUGUUGGCUCAGCGCUGGCUUAGCUCAGAUUAAACCGUCCGGGGCAAUGCCAUUAUAUCUAAGGCACAGGGGUAAAACAGGUCGAGGCUGAACAGGAAGAGAAUUAGCGAAAGUUGUUUAAGACCAAAUUGUUGUUGUUAUAUCCAGGUUACCUGGCGUCUUUCUUCGGGCCUAAUUAUCACACAGCCACCAAAUCCAGAGAUUAUACCUUUGACACAUCUGACCUGCAUAACCUGGGGGAUUAAGACCAGAAGAGAUGCAGCAGUGCAAAGCGGAAAUGCAUAUACGAGGGAGGACGACGAAGAAGAACAUAUACCAAAGAUAUUUGUGAGAUUCCUCAAGAUUGUGAAAGAAUACUUGACGUAUUCUACAUGGAGUCCAUGCUUAAUUAACAUUGCAAGUCUGAAUCUAGAGCUCCGAUAUUUCCUAAAGGGAUAGUUAACUCAAAAAAUUUAAUUUACUCACAUUUAUUCAGCCUCAAAUUGAUAUAAACCCUUGAUCAGAUUCUUUCUUCUGAGAUAUUUCGGAGAAAGCUAAAAACUGAUAACCACUGACAUCCUUAGUAGUAAAAAUAAACACUACACAGCAAAUCCUCCAGUGUUAAAUUAACACUGACAGUGUUAUAUAAUUCUCAAUCUGAUGGCAGUGUUGUUUGAACACUCAGAGUAAGAAUAUAAGAGCAUUUAAUACCGGAGGUUUUGCUUUGUAUCAAAGUCCAUGGUUAACAGUUUCAAGCUUUCUUCAAAAUAUCUUCAGGAGAGGAAUAUUUUGUGUUUGUUAUUUUGCGUGAACUAUCCCCUUUAAGGCCUUGUCCCAAGUGCUUUCCUAAAGCCAGUACCUUCUUUGCAUCUACACGUAAUGUAGUGUUGCAUAAACUGCCUGUUAGCAAUCCAUUUGGGAAAAUUCAGCCUGAUUUCAUGCGAAAACGUAACUAUUUUAUUUAUUGUCAGUUUAGCGGCUAAUUCGUACAAGUUCAGUCGUACGAAAAUAUGAUUUUAAAAUGGAGGCGUAGCACCCAACCCCACCCAUGAACCCAACCGUCAUUGGGGGAUAAGCAAAUCGUACAAAAUUGUAUUAAUGAGAUCGUACAAAUUCAUACGAAUUAGCCACUAAAUCAAAAGUUACGAAUUGCUGUGAGAUUGUGUUGGAAAAACCCUUAUUAAAAAUGAUGUGCACUCUUCCCAGCAAGCAUUGUUUGUUUUUAAAAGAUGUCUAAUAGACGUCUAAACAUAGUCGUCAUGGCUAAAACAAGGCUAAAUUUGGGCUGUCAGUGAAAAUCUAAUAGACGUCUAAGAAUAGGCCAAGACAAGACUAGUCAUCAAAUAAACAGAAAUGAAUGACUACACAUAUAAAGUCUGUCUAUUUGACGACUAGUCUAGUUUCGGGCUUUUCCUAGAUGUCUAUUAGAUUUUCACUGACAGCCAAAGUUUAGCCUUGUUUUAGCCAAGCUGUCUACGUUUAGAUGUCUAUUAGAUGUCUAAUAAACAACACAAAAUUGUUUGCCGGGUUCAAAGUCCAAAAACAGGACGCCCAAUGAUUAAUGGCUGUCCCAAGUCUGACUGCAAGCUGGGACAAGGCCUGAGAUUUACUAAAUGGCUAAAUUCACCCAAACUGACCAUACAAAAAUGGACAUUUUCUUUCCAUAUGCUCACUCAUAUAUCUAUAUAUAAUCAUAUCUCUUAUUUUUCUACUGAUUCUUCUAUUUUUGUACAUUGUGAUGUUUGUGCAGAGGUCUCGUUUAGGACCUUAUUCUAAUGCUGUGAAGAGUAAUGUUGUGUUUAAUGAGUCGAGAGAAAAGCCCGACCUAGCAUUAGUGCAGCGAAUUGUCAACAAGUGUUGGUGUACAAUUUCAUAUUGAGUCAUUACGGUUGGGAGGCCACAGAAGUAUGAAUGUCUCAGUGAUUGUGUGUUUUAACUUCUAAAUUAAACUUGUAUGUGAAGUCAGACUUGAUACUUGGAGUUCACGACUGUCAAUAUUGCGAUGCAUCAUGUAUUUGCAAACAUGAUUGAGUCAUUAAAUGGUGAUUUUAAAAAUGA